AUGGCAGACAAGAAGGCCGGCGGGACCGUCGUCAAAUGCGACGAAGUGUCCAAGAACCAGAUCUGGCGCGAGCACCUCAAGAAGGAACUCCUGAUGGAAGGCCCAUCCACGCCCUUCCAGUUCAACCCCAAAACUUUGAGCUCCGUGACGCCGAAACCGACCAUGAUGAAGCCAUCUGACUUUAGCCGCGCUGAUCCCAUCGGCACCGCGUCGAACGUUGUGGCUGAAAGGGUCAAGCAAAACGUGAAAAAGCCACAGGAGCUCUCCGAUGUCCCCAUGACAGAGGCCAUGAAAAUCGGGUGGGCCCACGAGCAAGCAUGGAAGAAUGGCCGGGGGGCAGUCACCAAGCGAUGGUACAGAGGGCGCGGCAGCACCGACGUGACGGAAUUCGCCGACAACUACUGCACGAUGGCCGGGUGCAGUCCAUUUGCAGACAAGUCGACGCGCUGA